AUGAAGGCACAACCCGAACCUAUGAGCGUGACAUUGGCACAUUUCGACAGGUCCCUGCCCUACUUAUGCCGUACGCACACCAAAAAAAAACUGGAGCUAGUAGAUGGAAUCUGCUACCGAAAUGCGAUCAGCCCUGAGAUGUCCGAGUACACAUGGCAUUAUGAUGCGGCCGAUUUGUCUGAAGGCCCUGAUCAUUAUGAUCGCUCCGGCCAAGGUGAUAGGCCUUACCAGAACGGUCUUGCCGUUCGAGCUGAGGAUUCCGAUGGUGCUAUAUUGGUACCAGUAACAGUAGUCAUAUCUGAACAGACAGAACAUGCCUGA